AUGAUUGAACUGCAGAUGAAAGGAGAUUGCGGAGUCUGCGGGCGGCACAGCGGAUCGAUCUAUGUCACCUUUAAGGUCCUCAAGUUCCAUCUGCGAACCACUGACAAAUCUCUUUACUUUUCAACAACCCAAUGCAAUGACUGUUUCAUCACUCAAUUUAAUUUUUUUUUUUUUGCCUUAUUAUUUUCAGGGAAUCGAUCACUCUCUAAAAGCUAUGACUGAGUAGCCAUCUGUCAUUUCCUAAGUACGAGCGUGGACCCAACUACGCAUGAGCAAAGCAGAAUUUCCAGCUGAAGAAAGUAAGACGGUAUUAAGCAUGAGUGUACCAUUAUCUGUGAACGUUUUCUUGCAGAUCACUUUAUGA